GCUGGCGGAGGGGCCGGGACUGCGGAUGCUGCGCCGGGCGGCGGUUACAGUCCCUGCCCCUGGCCUGUUCCUGCGGCCCUUCCGCGCCCUCCUCCGCUGCCCGUGAGCGCUGCGGGCUCUCCUGGGGUUUAAAUUAAUUCUAUCACACAAGUUCCUCACUGCCAUAAUGAGGCUAGUAAUUCUUGAAGAUUAUGAUCAGGCUAGUGAAUGGGCAGCAAAAUACAUCUGUAAUCGUAUCAUCCAGUUCAAGCCAAGUCAAGGAAGAUAUUUCACACUUGGUCUACCAACAGGCAAUACACCUUUGGGAUGCUACAAAAAGCUGAUAGAAUACCACAAGAACGGAGAUCUGUCUUUCAAAUAUGUGAAGACUUUCAACAUGGAUGAAUAUGUAGGGCUUCCCAGAAAUCAUCCAGAGAGCUAUCAUUCCUAUAUGUGGAAUAACUUCUUUAAACAUAUUGACAUAGAUCCAAAUAAUGCUCAUAUCCUUGAUGGGAAUGCUCCAGACUUACAGGCGGAAUGUGAUGCUUUUGAAAAGAAAAUUCAAGAAGCAGGGGGGAUUGAUCUGUUUGUUGGAGGCAUUGGUCCAGAUGGCCACAUUGCAUUCAAUGAACCCGGAUCAAGUUUGUCAUCAAGAACAAGAUUAAAGACUUUAGCAAUGGACACCAUUUUGGCAAAUGCUAAAUACUUUGAUGGAGACUUAUCUAAAGUACCAACUAUGGCGCUAACAGUUGGUGUGGGUACAGUGAUGGAUGCUAGAGAAGUGAUGAUUCUUAUAACAGGUGCACAUAAGGCUUUUGCACUGUACAAAGCCAUUGAAGAAGGAGUCAAUCAUAUGUGGACAGUUUCUGCUUUCCAGCAGCACCCUCGUACUAUCUUUGUGUGUGAUGAAGAUGCUACUUUAGAACUAAGAGUUAAAACUGUGAAGUACUUUAAAGGUUUAAUGCAUGUGCACAAUAAGCUUGUGGACCCAUUGUACAGUAUGAAAGAAAACUGAGAGAAGAACUGAAGAGGAACUUCUAUGUGGGUCAACAGCAACAGUUUUAGGUAGCAGAUGAGUUCACUGCUAUGCAAUAUGCUGAGAACUGUUUAAAUGGAGAAUCCUAGGUACUGUAUUUUUUAAAAGGUCCAAUAUCUAUACAUUCACAUUCCAUCUCUGCUGUGUUGUGUAUUUUGCUUUAACAUUUGGAGCUCUGUUGUUGACUGGUACAUAACUAUAUGGAACAGAACAAACCUGUGGGAGACUGCAUGUUAUGUGGGGUGGGGAAGAAGAGCACUUACUCUAGCACAGCAAUGUAAUGCAUCUGCCUUGCAUUAGAGAAAAUGGUAUUUUAUUUCCAGGAACUUGUUAUUUUUGGCUUGAUUAGUAUAACUAAAUUCUGCAUUGGUGUCUCUAGGCAGAAUGCUUUUGGCCUUUGUCAAUACUAUGGACUUGUAAUAAUUGUAAAAUUUUUACUAUGAAAUGUUCUGUUUACAUAUAUCUAAUGUACUCUGAGCUUUUGCACUUGGUUGCCUUAAAUUUAUCUUAAACAGUUUUUGGGCAUCUCAAGUCCUGCUGUAGAAUUCAGGCAAAUAAAAAUACAAAAACAGUGCCUAAAAUUGCACCAAAUCGUUGAAAGUUACAACUUAUUCCACAGAUAAAUCUUAAACUUCUGCCAUAGCACUUUUUCCUCUUAUGUAUUUCAAAUUACUUUAAGAUUUUUGUAUUUUUGGUAAUUGAGCUUUAUACAUAAGGAAGAAAAUCUGAAAGUUCCUUUCCAGAGGUACCUGAUUAAUUGUACCAUUGAUGUUACUAUUAAAUGCCUGAAAAGGAUUAAAUUACAGGAAUAUAAUGUCUGCAAGUUUAAUACAUGAUCAUUUAAAGUCAACUGUUAAUCACUUUGCAUAGUUACCUCUCAUUGUAUCAUUACAAACAUUGAGGAAUGUUAUUUCCUACUUUGAAUAUAAGUAAAAGUUAAAUAUAAAGCUAGAACUUUAACAUUGUUUUGUUUCUAAUGUAAUUUCUGACAUGAAUAAAUACUUAAGGGUAUCAGUAA